GCGGCGACGAGGACGGGGACUACGGCAGAAGCUUCGCGCACGGCCGAGGCCAACCAUACGGCAGCGAAGUUCUGGCGCAUGACCUCUGCAAUUGCCUGGAUGUAGCGUGCCCGCCAUGUACCUGUGAGUGUGCGCCGACCUACAGUCUGUCCUGUCCCAGCGUCGACAGCGCCUACGACCUGCAGGUCAUCAGCUCGUGGUUCAGUCACGGGUUGGCCUUCCUCUCCGGCUUGCUGCUGGGAGCCUUCGCCUUGCCCGCACUCUGGAGCUGGAGGAGAUUCGGCCCUUGCGAGGGCUGGGAACUCCGCUGCACGGCGUCUCGGAGGCGAGCGUGCACCGAUUCGGGGCUGCGCCGCGCUGCGCCGGGCGUUACCGCCAUGUGGGGCUUCCUCCGCAGCGAGGCGGUGCUGCUGGGCGCUGCAGUGCCCCCCUCGCCGCUCGUGCUGGCCAGCGGCCUCGGCGCGGGUGCAGCCUGGACGCCUCAGGCCUUGCGCCUGGACGACCCCGCCGCGGUGGGCGUGGUCGCGGGGGCGCCAGGGCCAGGCGUGGGCGCCGCGGCCGUCGGGGGAGCCGCCCCAGGUGGGGCCGCUGCUGGCGCGGUUCCAGGCGGCGCGGGCGCCCUGGCCGCCGCUGUCGGCGCGGCCGUGCCCAGCCCAGCGGCCCUUGGCAGCGGCCGACGGGGGGCGGGGGUGCCGCUGCUGCUAGAGCUGCCGCCGUGCCACCAGACAGUCCUGACCCAGCUCAUCGAGGAGCGGCACUACGAGGAGGCUGCAUCCGCCCAGGUGGCGGCCGAGGACAAGAGGUUGGGCAAGGACAAGAAGGGCUCGGGCGCGAGUGAGUCCUUGCUCGGCGCCGAAGCGGAUCACUACAUGGGGCGAUGGGCCAACGACGGCAUCGCGACCCUGAACCAGCUGAGCGGUCACUCGUCAGCGUCCUCGGCGCCGCCAGGCUUGGCGGCGUUGGCUGCUCAGGUUGGCAAGGGCGCGCCCGGGCCCGUCUUCGACUCGAGGGUGGCGAACGAUGGGGUUCGCGCCGCCGCCCCAGACGGCGCUUCCGACGGAUGGGUGACCCAGCCCCGGUCGCGUUCACGGGGCUGCUUGGCCGCGGCGGGCCGCGUCGACAAUUUUGCCGGCGCGGACGGCGACGCGGGCGUCUUCGCGGCCAAGAGUGGCCAGAUCAUUCGCGCGCUAGAGUCGCGGGGGCCCCGCGUGGCCGAGAUGGGGGGCGGGCGGAAAGGUGGAGGCACCGGCGUGCAUCAUCAGCGGCGGCGGGCUAGCGCACAGGGUUUGGACGGGCCCCGCGUCGACUCGGAAUUCUUGGAGGCCGUCGUCUUGGACUCGGUCAAGUCGUCUGACCCCGAGGGCUUCAACAAGGGUUUUUUCGAGAUCCCUAAGGACAUCAUGCAAGCGUCGUCAUGGGCCGCCGUCAUCUCCAGGAGGCACUCGAACCCGUCCAAGAAUAUUCAGCUGGCCGCGCUGGCACUCGCUGCCAACCUUGGGUGCUAUUUGAGAUGGCUGCCGUCGGAGCUGAACGCGGCGACAGGCCGCGCGCUGCGUCUCCCGGAGCGGCUGGGCGAGCACGAGCACGGCUUCCGCGCCGCCGGCCAGCUGGACGUGAACGUGGCGCCGGUCGUCCACGUGCACCCGAGGUCAGGGCGCCCUGGCAUGACGAGGGUGGCCGACGUUUCGACGCCUGUCGCCGCCCCUGAGCUUCGGCCCGCGCUGCACGCGCAAACGCUCAACGCCCCCUCGGACGCGAGCGCCGGGGUCUUCAGGGCCGCCGACGCGCGCGCGAAGUUCGCCCAGGCGUUGCAGGAGCUGGGGCUGCUGAGGGAGCCCCCGUCCUCGCGUGCCCUCACGCAGAUGCAGCCGCGGAUCAGGAAGCUGCCGCCGGACGUGGCCGACUUCGGUCGGCGUUUCGACGUGCUCACGUGCGGGCGCCCCGCCGGCGUCGGCUCGCUUUGCCAGUGGUCAGGUCGGAGCGCGGGCCUCGGUCUGACCGAGCGGCUCGUCGUCGGCCGACUCCUGGGUAG